UUGCUGAGAAGGUGAGGAAACUUCCUGGGUCACUUGCAACACGGAGAAGUUGUCUUAAAAGAGGCCAGACCCCAGUUGGAGCCCCAGACUGGACAGUGAAAAGCUGGAGGGCUGAAGGGCAGUGCUCCCUGCCUCCUGGUCUCCCCUACCAUGUCCUUGGCAGAGGCCAUCCGCCUCUGGAAUGAGGGGGUGCUGGCAGCUGACAAGAAGGACUGGAAUGGAGCCCUGGGUGCCUUCACUGCUGUUCAGGACCCUCAUUCUCGAAUCUGCUUCAACAUCGGCUGCAUGUACACCAUCCUGGAGAACAUGCUAGAAGCUGAGAAGGCCUUCACCAAAAGCAUUAACCGGGACAAGCACUUGGCAGUGGCCUAUUUCCAGCGAGGGAUGCUCUACUACCAGAUGGAGAACUAUGACUCAGCUAUUAAAGACCUGAAAGAAGCCUUGACUCAGCUCCGAGGGAAUCAGCUGAUAGACUACAAGAUCCUGGGGCUGCAGUUCAAGCUGUUUGCCUGUGAGGUACUGUACAACAUUGCUUUCAUGCACGCCAAGAAGGAGGAAUGGAAAAAGGCAGAAGAGCACUUAGCACUGGCCAUGAAUAUGAAGUCUGAGCCCCGGCAUUCCAAAAUUGACAAGGCCAUGGAGUGUGUCUGGAAGCAGAAGUUGUAUGAGCCGGUGGUGAUUCCUGUGGGCAGGUUGUUUCGGCCGAAUGAGAGGCAGGUGGCACAGCUGGUUAAGAAGGAUUACCUGGGCAAGGCCACGGUCGUGGCAUCCGUGGUGGAUCAGGACAACUUCUCUGGGUUUGCACCUCUGCAACCACAGGCAGUGGAGCCUCCACCCAGACCCAAAACUCCCGAGAUCUUCAGGGCUCUGGAAGGGGAGGCCCACAGAGUACUGUUUGGGUUUGUGCCCAAGACCCCUGAGGAGCUACAGGUCAUGCCGGGGAACAUUGUCUUCGUCUUGAAGAAAGGCAAUGACAACUGGGCCACUGUCAUAUUCAACGGGGAGAUGGCUGUGUGUGCCUGUCUCCCCACCCUGGCCUGGCGGGUGUUCCUGGCUGGGCUUGGCCUCUCAUCUCUCCCCCACUCCUCACUGCCCUGUGGGUGCCGUGACGCUGCUGCAGAAGGGGCUGGUCCCCUGCAACUACCUGGAGCCUGUGGAGCUGCGCAUCCCUCAGCCGUCACAGGAGGAAACUUCCCCAGACUCAGAGAUCCCAGCUCCUCCCAGCUCCACUGCCCCAGGGAGGCCCCAGCUGUUGCCAGGGAGCUCUAUCUGGAGAGGAGGCUGUUGUGCAGAGCCUCCAGGUGGCCCAGGGUGAAGGGGAGACCCCAAGGUGUGUGUAGAUUUGAUUUGUACCAUUGCUGCCAAGCUGAGUGUGAGUUUGGGAGUGAGACUCUGAGAGGGUGACUAGUCCAGAUUCUAGAUCAUUGUUGCCUACCUGGUCCUCAGAGUGCUUCUUACCCUAUUUAUUUUGAUAAAUGUCAAACCUGUAGAAAAGUUGAAAGUGUUUUAAGCACCAGACACACUUACCAUGUUCCCUAGUUGUGGGGAACAUUCUGCACCAUGAACCCAUCCUCCUCCCCAACCCACUUUCUGUAUUUCCAGCAAACAUUUCCCCAGUGGUUCCAUUGCCAGGGUGCUUGAGGUCAAUUGCCUUUUUUUGAUCAUGUAGCCUCUAGUGGAAAUAUCUAUGCCUAUCUCUCAUGGAAACCACCUUUAUAGUGCUAGAGGUGCGUACAGUAAAAACACAAAAGACAAGGUGAAAAUAAGUGGUUCUGAUAUUUCUUCUUAUGACUCCUGGAUCACGCCACUAUUUCUUGUUGCUUCCAAGCCAGCUAGCUGGCUUGCCUGCAUUUGGGCCCCCGCUGUCCUGUCCCUGUGGGCUCUCCCUCAGAGACUCUAGAGAAGCAGAGGUGGGGAUGCAGACAGGUCAUGGCUUUGCCCUUCAGUCCCCCAAGUUGAACUGAGGUGAACAAUUACCCCAGAGGUGGGAGGGUGAGAAGUUGGGUGCCUUGUUUUGAGAAGUCUCAUUCUGUCAAGGAUAGGGCUGACCAAGGUACUCAUUUGCUGUCUUGUUUC